AUGGGAGGCAAGGAAGGUAAGGAAGGCAGGAAAGCACAGCGCGACGACAAUUCUUGCUCGCCCAAGCGGAAGUGGGCCGGCCCUGGAUGCGAGAAGGGCGGUCGAGGGCGUUCGUUGCGUCGUAUGGAUAACGGGGACUUCUGCACAAGUUAUGGGAUGCUGCUUCAAAUUGACAGUGGCAGUGGCCGAAUGAGCGGCAAGGUUGGGCCUCGACACUUGACACCCUCAAAUGCCAGCCGACCAGGGCUGAUUUCGAGACUCGAGACUCGACACUCGACACUCGACACUCGAGCCAGAUCAGGGGCUUGGAAGCUGGGCCAGACUUUUGCGCGGCAAUGGUUGAUGGCGGCUAUGCUGCAGCACCCGUCUCCUAGCAAACGAGAUAUGGGCAUCGUGCGCACUGAUUACUGCGUAGCGUACCCAGGUCCCAAUGUAAAGGGAAAGAUAUAGGUUGAGGUAUGGAUACUUGAACCUUGGGAUACCAUGACUGACCGGCAGAUGGAGCCGAGUGCGGAGCACCAUGCCUGUUCAUAGUGAAGCACGGUAAGAGUAAGAGUGAACGUGGAAAAAGAAACGCCCCCAACAUUACCUACAGUUAGAGACGAAGCACAUACGGAUGCAGUCUUGGGGACCGGAGAAAACAACGAG